AGUCAGUCCGUCAGUCAGUCAGUCAGUGCGUCCGCCACCGGCUGCGGAGCGAGCGAGCACACCGGAGCUCUGGGAUUUAUUCUGCGGACUGAGUCACACUUGGAUUGUUUUUUUUUCUCUUUGUUGUUGUUUUUGUUUUUCUUAUUUUUUUUUUAUUUUGGGGCUUGUUGAAAAGCAACCUGCCGUCAUGUCUCGCUCUCCAGAUGGUGUGAGCAAGCUCACUGAGAGUACUUACAAGAAUGUGAUGGAGCAGUUCAACCCCGGCCUGAGGAACCUGGUCAACCUCGGGAAGAGCUACGAGAAAUCAGUCACAGCCAUGACUCUCGCUGGGAGGGCCUAUUUUGAUGCCGUCUCAAAGGUUGGAGAGAACGCCAUUGUGUCUCCAGUCUCCAGAGAGCUCGGUGUGGUUCUGAUGGAGAUCUCAGAGGCCCACAAGAAGGUCUACAGUGAACUGGAAGAGAAUUUCAAGAGGUUCCACAGGGAGAUUGUCAUCGAGCUGGAGAAGAAGACAGAGAUGGAUGUUAAAUACAUGAAUGCCACCUUCAAGCGCUACCAGUCAGAGCACAAGUUGAAGGCAGACUCCUUGGAGCGCUCGCAGACGGACCUAAAGAAGCUGCGGAGGAAAAGUCAGGGGAAACACUCCUCCAAGUACGAGAUUAAAGAGAACGAGUAUUUGGAGACAAUCUCGUCACGUCAGAUGGACAUGCAAAAGUUCAUCGCAGAUGGCUGCAGAGAGGCUUUACUGGAGGAGAAGAGACGCUUCUGUUUCCUUGCCGACAAACACUGCAUGUUCUCCUAUCAGACCAGCAACUUCCAUGAGAAGGCCAAAGAGAUCCUCUCCGUCAGGCUGCCCAGCUGGCAGGAAAAGUGCAGCGACAUCACCAAGGUGCCGGACACAGUGACCACCAUGAUCGAGGAGCUGUCCAACACUCCUCAGCAGUCUCCGCUUGUUGAACGCUACAACAGGAAUAACGUGGAGGUGCCUCCACCAGCGCCGCCGCUGAAGGCUCAGACCAGUCCGCUCGCCAACAUGUUCAACCAGGAGCCCAGGUUUCCAUUUACCCCAUCUUCAGACCUCAACUCAGACCAGGGCAGUCUGGGAGAGGUCAGUCUGUCCCGGUCCACGUCCCAGUCAUCCGGUCUCAACGUGGGCAGGAAGCCCCGAGUCAGAACCAUCUUCCCCCACACGGCGGGCAACAACCUCACACUCCUCAGCUUCGACGAUGGCGACAUCAUCACCCUGCUCAUCCAGGAGGAGAAGGACGGCUGGCUGUAUGGAGAGCUGGAGAGGACACAGCAGCGCGGCUGGUUUCCCUCAUCAUACUGCAGACCGUACACCGAGACAGUGACAUCAUCAAACAGCAACGUGGGCACACCGGUCCGAAGUCUGAGUGUUACCAGUCUGCCAGAGCAAGAGGAGGAGGAGCCUGUGCUGCUGCCACCGCCAGACUACAGCGACGACGCCCCCUCCGGCCCUGUGGUCUCAUCAACGCCCUCGCCACAGAACACGGUUUCUUUAGUCAAUGGCUCUGCAAUGGCUCCUUUUCUAGGAGGAGGGAACCCGUUUGCAACGGUCAAACUGAGACCGACUGUCACAAAUGACAGAUCAGCGCCCGUCAUCUAACACAGGAGAGAGGAGGAUUUUCACCGCCAUCAUGCCUUCAGGGGAAACACACCGAAUAUAUCAACCCCAACCUGACGUCUCACCAGCCUGCACGCUCGUCACUCUCUCAGCACCAGUCUGCUCUAUUACAGGGAUCCACUGUGUUUUACAUCAGCCACCAUCCGCACAUGGAGAAGCACGAAUCCUGACCAGAAAAGAAUAAAAAGUAAUGAUUUACCCCAAAAUGAAAAUUUAGACUUUGCUCAAUUCGCUAAAGGUCAGAAUUAAAUUCAUACUAUUCAUAAUAAAAACCAGCCCAUCCUUCUGCAGCUUUUAACAUGAAGCAGAUGGAAAUAAUGUUAUAAUAAUAUUAUUGCAAUAAUAACGGAAAGAAAUAAAUCAGCCCUGAUUGUAAACACAGUAAGGCUGAUAACUUUGAGAUUAAAACGCAUUAAAUGAUUAAACGCUUGUUUCCUGUGAAUCCCUCGCACACAGGAAGGCAAUCGGGAUCCGGCAGCGUGCGCAUGGCGGACCCCGCCACCGCUGAUAAACCAAAACAACACUGAAUGUAAUCUCAUUGAGUGGCUGCUGCAAAAGAUUGCUGAUUGCUGAUUAUUAAUAGCAGCAAAAUAACCAGUUUUAUUUAAUGAAAAUGUCAAGUAUUAUAACUUUAUCAAACAUGUUCCGCCUUCUCCCAGAGUACAAAAGUGUAAAAACUUUUUUUAACUUUCUGUUCAGCCAGGUUUCGCAGAAAUGUGAGGCACAUUUUAUGCCUGUAUUUGAAACUGUAAACUGCCUGCAGCAUGAUAAUAGGAGGCGAAGAUAAAGUUACCACAGUUAAUGGAGUGCCUGGUGGUCCAACAAAUUCCAACAGAGUUUCUAUUAAAAGCCCAAAUCUUCAUUUUGGGGUGAACUGAUGCAGAGGAGCUGCUCGGUGUCAUGAGGUGUUUUCUUCAGGCCUGUUUUAACUGCAGUCAGUGCAGUGUUUGAAUGACCUGAUGCUGAUGAAGGAGACCGACACACAGGCUGUCCACCUGACUCACCAAAUAGAUAUAGGUAUAUACAUAUAUACACAUAUAUACAUAUUGUUAUUUUUCUGUUUUAUUCUGAUUAUUUUUGUCUUUUUUUUCUUAAUAAGAGGCAUUUUGAUAUCCAGUGAGAAUGAAGGGAGAGUGACGUGUUGGGAGAACAGGGUUUGUCAUUUGAGUGGAGGUGAAACAGUCAAACGUCACUGUUUGAGAAGAGAAAGAUAUUUAUAUAUCCUCUGAGUUUUAUUUAAAUAAAGAGUCCGCUCUGUGAUCCCACGCUGGUUUGGAUUUGACUGCUGCUCCGUGUUUUUGAUGAAGGGAAUAUUUUUCACUCCUCAUGUUGUUUCAUGUCCAUUCUGUGCACACUUUAUGCAAAAUAAAAAACGGACAUUUGCAUCGUCUGAAUAAAGUGGGUCCUUGUUUGAAGUA